CCUCGUGGCGGAGAGUCGGCCGUCUCGCUCUAUCUUACGGCGGCCGCUUGGCGAGUCCGCACGGAAAAAAGUGCGCAGACGCGAAUCGUGGUUGCGUGUAUAACUCCUCCGCAGACGUCUUGGCACAUAAGCGAAUUUCUUUUCGAUUCUUACGACGUUCAACCCCUUUCUACGUACAUUUCCGUUCGAUCAUCCCCGAAAUAAUUCUAAAUCGUAUUCCUAUUUGUCCCGUUGAAAGGGGUAAACCGUGUUGUCAUCCCCUCCUGUCGCGCGAUGCGAACAGCGAAUACGUUUGCCAAGAUAUUUAAAAGCGUAUAAUCAGCGGGAAAAUACGAAAUAAAGAAGACCGUAAGAAGGAUAAACGCGAUAUCGCGACGCGAGUUAACGUAAUCCGUACGACUCUAUUUUAAAAACUCGAACGCAGACUCGGUGCCCCUUUAACCCGCAUUUUCCUUUAUCGAAAUAAUACUCGAAGCGAUAAGCGGCUGUCGCAACCGCUGGAACCGAGCAUAACGUCGUCAAUGGGUAACAAGUUAGCGAGUAAAGUAAGUAGUCGCGCGAGCUCGUGGCUCCGUUCGGCAGAACGAGUGCGCAGUAACGCGACGUAAGAAGUAGCCAGGAGGUAGGGGAGGGAGAGGGUGUGUUCGCGAAAGAAGCCCGAGGAACGAGGGCGUGCACGCAGGGCAGGGGAAGGUGGCAAGUUUAAGGAAAGGUAGAAAAGAGGGAGAAGUUGGUCACAAGCGUGAGAACAAAGGGGCGAAAAUAAGUGCCCUUUUCGGAGGGUGAUCGAGGGUGGAGGAGCAAGAAAGAGGAAGACGAAUCGAGAGAAUGCGUUUGUUAGGUUUCGAAGGAGAUAAGGAGAGAGACGAGGACGGUUGGAAGGAAAGAGAAAGACGUCGGGCGAUUCGUUCCUUGCGGGUUAAGGAGAGAGUGGGAGAAUCGACGGGAGCGAGACGGACGCAACGGGAGCAGCAGGAAAGAGACGAGGAAGGUGGAUCGCGAGAGAGGGGAAACGAGAAGGACGAAACGCGCAGGAUGGCGCGAGGGAGUAGAGGGUGUCGCGGAGCGAGGGAAGGGAGGUGUGCGUGACGAGAAGGGUGAGAAGGUGGGGGAUCGAAGGAGAGGGUGAAGGGUGUAGUGGGGAGGAUCGGUGGCGGUGGCGGUGGCAGGAUCGCGGGAGGUUGUGCCGUUGUGCGCGGCUCGACGGCUCGGCUUCGGUGGUUCGGUUGAACGAGGGCGCGCAAACGGGCGGGUGUCGCGAGCGUUACGAAGCGGUGAAGGGUACCACGGACGGAAAGCACGGUCGUGGCGCUAGGCGGGCGUAGGCGAGGUUCCGUGACGGCCGUUCGGUGGCGCAGCAGGAAUUCUCAGCACGGCAGGCAGCGGGUUGGUCAGCUACGUGGUGUUCGUGCGCCUCUCUCUCUAUCGGUGUGUAUAUGCGCGAUUUGCCCCGAGUCCGCGCCUCGACUUGAUGACAUGGCGUCCUAGCGCUGCACGGACGAAGUCGCACGUCCUCGGUGGAGAGGCUCUCACCCCGUCGUCGAAUCAGCCGCAUCCCAGGAUGCCAAGAUCACGAGAAGGAAGGAUAUGAUAAACUGUGGCCGAUGAAGAAGAGAGCACGAGCACGAGUACGAACAGGAGCACGUGUAAGAGCAAGCGGCUUCGUCGAGAAAGACGAGAAGAAACGACGACGAGGCGGCAGCAGCAAUACCAAUAAAAAGAUCAACACUAGAUCUGAUGUUAGCGGACAUUAACGGUAACUUGGCGGAUCUGAGAAGCGAAGCGAUGGCGUCGCAGAGGUUUUGUCUGCGCUGGAACAAUCAUCAAAGUAAUCUACUCUCCGUUUUCGACCAACUGCUCCAUGACGAGUCGUUCGUCGACGUUACGCUGGCUGUCGAGGGUCAGCUACUCAGGGCACACAAAAUGGUGCUGUCGGCGUGUAGCCCAUACUUUCAGGCCCUUUUCGUCGGCCACCCCGACAAGCACCCGAUAGUCAUUCUGAAAGAUGUUCCCUACGUGGACAUGCGCAGCCUGUUGGAUUUCAUGUAUCGCGGGGAGGUGAGCGUCGACCAGGAUAGGCUAACCGCCUUCUUGAGAGUCGCUGAGUCUCUCAGGAUAAAGGGCUUAACCGAGGUAAACGAGGACAAGUGUGACUUGCCUAGUAUUACCUCUUCGUUGCUUGGCAAUCAAAACACAGUACCUCCACCGCCACCGAAUCUACAUAGAAUAAACCAAAUCGGGCCUCACCACCACGUCUCGCAGAAGAGGAUGCAUCAUAUGUCGAGUCAUCCUCUGCUCGGUUCGGCCUUAUCCGCGCCAAAGAGGAAACGGGGUAGACCGAGGAAGCUAAGCGGUUCGUCAGACACACCGAUCGGCGAGAUCAGCGGACAGGAGCUGCAGUCUUGCUCGGGGACCGAUCUGGUUCAGGGAUCGCCCGAGAUGAUGGAAAUGAAGAUGAGUAUCGACUUUCAGAGCGAAGGCAGCGGUAACGGCGGCGGCAGAAGCGGGAACAACACCGGUUCCGCGAGUAGUAACAACGUCAGCAGCAACAAUGUGGGGAAUUCGUCAUCGACGGGAAACAACGCGGCUGCAUCGUCCUUGUCGUCGUCGAGGAAGGAUGAACCGACGGAGAACGGCACCGAUACACCCGAGUCGAUCACACCCCGCGUGAAACGGGAACCGGAACCUACGCCUAGUACCUCUGCCCAAGGCUCUGACGAGACGUUCGCGCGGCCGCACAGUAGGCAAGGGAGCGAAGGUUUCAAGCAAGAGUAUUCAUCGGGGAACGCGAAAUCCGACGGCGAGACGUGGAAAGAGAAGGCAAGAAACCAGGGCACGGGUUCGUCGAAUCAAUCGAGUACGGAGACAUCCGGCUCUCGAUCGACGGGCAGCAACUCGUUGACGACCACCACGAGUUCGUCGACGUCCGCGUCCAACUCGGGGACGACGACCACCACGGCAUCCACGAGAAGUUCGUCGGCAUCGCCGGCGACUGGCAGGAACAACGCUCAGAACAGCGGGGGCAGUAGCAGCAGCAGCAGCCCGGCUCCCACGACGAACUCGUCGUCGACGAGCGGUCACCAGGUGGGCACUAUGUCCGCCCCGCCGGGCCGACAAGUGCCCAAGAGACGCAUGCGACGUCGCGCGACCUCGCACUCGCAAGAUCCCGCGGAACAGCUAACGGAGAUGUCCGUCCGCGGGUUGAAUCUCUUUCGUUACGCCUCGAUAUCCGAGGGCGUGUAUCAGUGUACCGAGUGCGCGAAGCUCGACAUCCAGAAGACGUUCAAGAACAAAUACAGCUUCCAGAGACACGCUUUCCUCUACCACGAGGGCCACCAGAGGAAGGUGUUCCCAUGCCCGGUCUGCGGCAAGGAGUUCUCCAGGCCCGACAAGAUGAAGAACCACAUGAAGACGGUGCACGAUUGUUUCAUGCCGAAGGACUGCGUCGUGCCGUUCGGCUUUUUUCUCUCGCCUUAGCGGGCGGCGCGAGGGCGAGGUGGGGUGGUGAUCGGUCCAACACGAAGAACGACCAGCACGGCGACCACGGACGAACAGAACGACGGACAACGGACAACGGACAUCAACACCGGUCCACAGAGAAACGUUCGAGGUUCCGUACCGAGGACCAUGAUUAAACACGCGGCUUCCUCGAAGAUGUCCGUGUUCAGGCGGGGCCGCGUUUGAUUAGAAUCACCUUCCGUUUAUACCGUCGUCUUCUCAGCGUCGGCCUAGUCUAGUCACCCCGCUAUGCGGCGUGGUCGUAUACGGAGUUACGAGCGGAUAGAUACGGUCGGGGUCUGUGCAGACCCAUGCGCGGUUUGGUUGGUUUCCACAAGAGCGAUGUAUGAUUUCAUCCGGGUGAUGACGGUGUAGGGAAAUCACCAUGCUACUUGCAAAAUUUGAAGAUGUAGAAAAUUGUGAUUUUUGUUCAAAAUAUUAGUAGAAAGCUGUCAUCAGCUAUCAAUUUUAUGUUAGUAGCAAGCUGUCAAGCUUAUAUUAGUAGCAUCCUAUAUCAUCGACAAGCUGUCAAGCUUAUAUUAAUUACAGACUAUGUCAUCAGCAAUCUAUCAAGUUUAAAUUAAUAACAAGUUAUGUCAUCAAUAAGCUAUCAGAUUUAUAUUAGUGGCAAGCUGUCAAGCUUAUAUUUGUAACAUCCUAUGUCAUCAGGAAACUGUCAAGCCUAUAUUAGUAACAGACUAUGUCAUCAGCGAUCUAUCAAGUUUAUAUUAAUAACAACUCAUGUCAUCAACAAGCUAUCAGAUUUAUAUUAGUAGGAGACUAUACUAUCAGCAAGCUAUGUCAUCAAGCUUCUAAAUUUUGUAUUAGUAGAAUAUAAUUAGUAGCAGGGGUUUGUCCCUACACUCGUCAUUGUCCGAAUGAAUCCUACUUCGCAAAUUGUUGUAGUACUGUCUACAUAUUGCGGACCAAUCGCGCAGCCCAUCUCACCCCCGCGACGUUCGACUUGCAAAUCUGGUAUUAAAGGCGCGAUAUCGAUCGAUUUAGUCGUUUAACCGAGCGAAUGUUAUCGAAUGGCCGGUAAGAUGAAGACGAUGGUGCCGUGCCAGUGGAGGAGUACACCACGCGACCGAUCGGAUGCAAACACUUGCUUGCAGCAGGACGAUAUCGAGUGAUCGCGCGGAGAAGACACGAACUGACAGAGAAAGAGAAAUAUAAUCUGUUGUAAAAACUCGUGACUACUCGAGUAGUGCUCCUGUGUACAUUAGUAUUAUAUUAUGAUCCUUGAACUGUGCAAUAGCGCGCGGAUGCUUGUGGCCGAUCGACGCGUUUCCGCUUGUUGUCUCCUUCGCUAGCGGGCCAUUUUCUUUUCGCGCGUUUUUUUCGUUCUCGGUUGUGUAACGGUUUGUUUUGCGUACGGACGUGAGCACAUAAGUGACGUGGAAACCAUUUUUGAACAUUUUGAACGAGAGACACACUCGACCGCUCUACGUUUGCGUUAUGUACGAUGUGAUGUGCGUGAACCAUUGUUUCACAAUGCUGAAAGUUCGUAACGUGUCGGGCCCGCGUAACCGGAAACUGAGCUUUUUUAACGGAAAUAAUAACGAUGAAUCGUCGCAGUAUUUUACGCGGGCGUAGUCUGCAUUAAUUCCAAUUUUCUCGUUAUAUGUUUUAAGAGUCAAAAUUCAAUGAUGUCGGGGAAAUACUUUAAGGGAUUAUAUUCCUUGCGAUGCUGACGAGCUUUCUUCGUGCCUUCUUUUUUUUAGGCUACUCUUCGUCGAAGAAUGCGUAUUUACGGAAUAAAUCGGUCUUCUUCUUGGACGUUUUUAAUAAAACUAUGUAACGUAAGCAAUACGACUAAUGGGACUAACAGGAUAUAGUCGCGAGUACACUUCUGUUUUUGUGGAUCAGUGAUGGGCAGUUAGGAGCUAGGGGCGUUGAUGGACAAGUAACGAACACUGGAUAGAAACCUCAAUCUGAAAAUUUUGCAAUUUCUAUACUUGAAAAAUUGAACUUAGGAAAUUUAAAAUUUGUGAUCAUUAAAUCACCAAAUUCUAACUUUCUAAAUUAUCAAAUUUCUGUACAUGAAUAUUUGGAAAUGUCCACCAGUGCCCUAGCUCUCCCAAGGGCACUAAAUCUGCCCACCACUGUUCUAGAUCACAACGCGAUUAGCUUUAACAAAAAUAUAUAUUUCAAUGCUUUAACGCGCAUGAUGUUUUUUGUUUUUCAUUUUUUUCUUUUUUUUUUAAACAGACAAUUUCAGCAAUCUAUAUGUGAAACGUUGGUUACGAAUAUUACGUUCUCUCUUCUUUUUACGUACUUCCAAAUUUUGCAUCUAACACAGUCCCUUCCGCGACUGCACAAAACUCUGCAUAGUCACGAGCAGUCAUUUUUUUUAUUUACCGAUGUCAUCACAGACCACGUAUUUUUUAAGAGAACGUACACGUCGGUUUCUACUUACAUUUUCUUUUUACAAACGAACAUACGAGCAACUACAUGCAUAUCGUAUGAUAAAAAGGGAAGACGUUCUUCCAAAUUUCUUAAACGUGCAGAGUUUUUUUUAGUCAAGAUCGUCCUUUUUUUUUCGUUUUACGUAAGCCUUCCAACACAGAUUCGAUUCCAAUGGUGCGUAGCGAAGCGUAUUAGUAGAAGUGUAUAAAAAAUGGCGGAGAGAAGACGAAAAUGUAUAUUUAUCACAGAGUUUAUAGAUUCACUGCGAGCGCGAAAGACUCGUGGAGUUUGUUAGAUAGUGCCUAACUAGAGAGACAAAGAAAAAGAGAGCGAGCGUGAGAGAGAGAGAGAGAGAGAGAGAGAGA